AUGAAUCAUCUAGGACUUCCGCCUGGCUGCCUCCAUCGCUCAUUCAUUUUUCGCCUUUUCAAGAACAUCAAGAGUUUCCUGAUCAAUCGAUUACUACUUAAUCCAGAUAUGGAUCCGCACACGUUGCGGGACUGUUUGUCUGUGACUGGAGUCGAUUCGCCUGGGAAAUCUAUAGCGGCUGGACCGAAUGGGCAACUGAUUUUCAAAAAAUCAGCCAGUCAGCUCUACUACUGCGAUGUUCACGAGAUGUCUUCCUAUACCCUGUGUCUUUCACGAAUGGAUCCGCUUUAUCAGGAUUGUCAGGUGAAGUGA